AUGACUGGGAGAAACGCUCCUGAUCAUGAUACGGCGUCUUCGACCGAAAGUCUCAGAAGCUCCAUCAUCGACUAUCGACAAGAGAACGGAAGAACCUAUCAUCGGUACAAGGAUGGAAAAUACAACCUUCCCAAUGAUGAGUUGGAGAAUGAGAGGCUAGACCUCCAACAUCACAUGUUUCUCCUGACUUUUGAUAACAAACUAGGCCUCUCGCCUCCAAAUCUUCCCGAUUCCAAGCCUGCACGGAUCCUUGACCUAGGAACGGGCACAGGACUCUGGGCAAUAGAUUUCGGUGAUGAGCAUCCUGAGGCCGAGGCAUUUGACCUGUCCCCUAUCCAGCCGGGUUUCGUUCCCCCAAACGUUCAAUUUCUCGUGGAUGAUAUUGACGAGGAGUGGAACUAUUCCGAGCCUUUUGAUUAUAUUCACAGCAGAAUGAUGAACUUUAGCAUCCAAAACUGGACCGAGUAUUUGCAAAAGAUGUUCCAGAACCUCGUCCCAGGUGGUUACGCUGAGCUACAAGAGAUGGAUGGCUUUUACGCAUCUGAUGACGGCACUCUAUCUGAUGACCACGCACUGUCUAGAUGGUGCACUCUCCUGGGAGAGGCAGCUGUAAAACUAGGCCGAUCAUUCCAACCAACCGACCAACUUGCCGCGAUCAUGAAGCAGGUUGGAUUCAUCGACGUUGUCGAAACGCGUUUCAAGUGGCCGAUAAACCGAUGGCCCAAGGAGAAGAAGUAUAAAGAGCUUGGGGCGUGGAACAACCAAAACGCAAGUCAGGUUCUUGAGUCUGCUACGCUUGCACCCUUCACUAGAGUCCUGGGAUGGUCGGCCGAGGAGGUCAAUCUCUUUCUUAUUGAUGUGAGAAAGGACUUGAAUAACCCGGACAUCCAUGCCUACUCGCAGGUCCGUUCAGUCUAUGGACGAAAGCCACGAGUCUAG